CCCGUCGCUGCUUCCUCGGCUUUCUCUUCUUUAUUAGAAAACUCAGCAGGUCUACUUCAUAAUACUGUAGUUCAGUGUUCAGAUCAUUUGAUCUCGAUCUGAACUGGGCUGCCGUGUUGAUAAAAAUCAAGGUGCUGCAGUUGGUAUAGCAAGCGGCGACUUUCUGUUGCCAUCAGCCCAUCAUCACGUCGUCGUCUAGAGCAGAGCAAGUCAGGAGGCGGAGGCGGCAACGAGGGGACACGGCGGGCACCCUUACGCGCCGGCGGAGCAGCUGUCGCAGGGCCAGGCCUCGCGCCCUACCUGGGCGCUUCCCUCUUCGUCUUCCUCGCCGUCUAGCUCGUCUCCGGUAACAGAAUUAUUGCCGUAUCAUCAAAGAUAUGCCUACAACAAUACCGUAUCAUCACAUAACCAAAGAAGGAGGACCAAGAUUCUAGAUAAAAGCAUGACUCCCUCGCCUCUUGGAAUUUCUCUCAGACGUCCGGCAUCGGCCAUGGCCGCCUGUUUCUUGUGCGUCGUGCGUGCGUGUCUAGUCGUCUCCCAAGAAGAAGGCAAGAAACAAAGGGAUGAUGGGAAGUGGAACUCGGCAUAGCUUUGGCCAUGCACGGUCUAUCUUGUCGGUUUAUCCAUUUCUCUUAUGAUACUUAUUAAUUUGUAGAUUUUCUUACUUAUUAUAUAAUUUUUUUCAUCUAUUAUUUUAACAUGAAUCUCAACACAAAUCAGUUAUGAUAAUCCAUGCGGACGGGAUGGAUACUUGGACCGCGGGCUGCCUUCUUGCCUCUCUGUGUUGGGCUGUUAGUGCUGUGGACCUUGCAUGAGACACUGGUAGUCCUAUUGGCUUAGACCUACAGUAAGUCGUCUCCCUUCACUAGUUCUCCCUUGCUCAUCAUUAAGCACUCCUACAGAGUGUGUGGCCACAUUAUCAAACAUCGAUAUAAAAGCAUUUUUCUCGGUUGCAACCUUCUGUGCUUACGCAAAAAAAAAAAAAUCGGUUUAUUUUUGCCACGUUAUAUAUGGUGGGUGCUUACAAGGAGGAAGGGGUGGUUAAGUUUGCUUCGGAUGCUUAAGGUAUCUAAGGUUAGAGCUAUUUAAGCACACAUCUGUAUUGGAGAGAAGAGUUUUUAUACGUGCUUAAUUAUAUGUCAAUAUUCUCUCUCUUUAAGCACUUGCGCCAAAGCAUCUUGCAUUGCAUGUUGUCUUAAUUGGUACCGGUAGUUACACGUGCAAGCAUUUUCUGAAGCACUGGUGCCUGAUCGAGCAUAGGUGCCGCGUGACAAGCACCCCUCUCAUGUCAUCGGCGAUCGAGCUUGAAGGAAGAUGUCGCAGGUUAUCCAAGACCGACCGUCUGCUCAUCUGCCGGUGGGCGUUCACCGGCCUCACCCACAGCAUCAUGGAGGGGACCUUCGCCGUCACCCCUGAUUUUUGCAGGAAGGAGAACCCCAGCUACUUCGAUGAAGCCAGUAAGCUCUCGGUGAUUUUCCCCAUUUGCCAUAUUACAUGUCGAUUCAAACAUGGUGCCAGCACUAGUGUGUUGCUGUUCAGUGAAAGAGUUGAAGCAGUAACAGCUGUGUUAGAAGGCCCUGCGUCACUACUUGCAAUAUAUGCAAUUGCAUCCCGGAAAUCCUACAACAAUAUUCUCCAGGUCACCGUCUGUUUGGGCCAGCUCUACGGAUGCUUGGUUUACUUCAUCACUGCAUACUUCAUUGGUGCAAACAGUUCAUGGGUGGUCAUACCAACGCUCAUCGCCAUAAGGAGCUGGAAGAUGAUCUACGCAGCGUUUCGAGCUGAAAAGGUGAAGAUUAAAUAAGGCUGCCUUAGCCUUAUGCUG